AUGAUUCACAUGCACGACAAAAUCACUCGUAAAAAGGUAUACUACAAUAAACAAAUUAAAUACCACCUCAUAUCCUUAAUAUUCGACGAAAUGCUCGUUCAUUGCCGUGCUGUCGCUCGUGGCGCUAAGCGGCCACUUCUGGUAGGAGACUUGCCGUUUGGAACCUACGAAUCCAGCACUAGUCAGGCAAUUGACACAGCAGUUCGCAUAUUAAAAGAAGGAGAAAUGGAUGCAAUAAAACUGGAGGGAGGGGCACCUUCGAGAAUUGCAGCAGCAAAAGCCAUUGUUGAAGCUGGAAUUGCUGUCAUAGGACAUGUGGGACUGACUCCACAAGCCAUUAGUGUUUUAGGGGGUUUCAAGCCUCAGGGAAAGACUGUUUCUAGUGCUGUCAAGGUUGUAGAGACUGCUUUGGCUUUGCAGGAAGCUGGAUGUUUCUCUGUUCUUCUAGAGUGCGUGCCUCCACCUGUGGCUGCCGCAGCCGCCGCAGCCACCGCAGCCCUUCAAAUACCCACAAUUGGAGCUGGGGCUGGUCCAUUUUGCAGUGGACAGGCGCUAGUUUAUCAUGAUUUGAUUGGUACGCUGCAACAUCCCCAUCAUGCAAAGGUCACUCCAAAAUUCAGCAAACACUAUGCUUGUGUUGGAGAGGUCAUCAAUAAAGCCCUAGUGAAGUACAAGGAAGAAGUGACAAAUGGCUCAUUUCCAGGUCCUGCUCACAGCCCAUAUAAGAUCAAUGACACAGAUGUUAAUGAUUUUCUAAAUGAAUUGCAAAGGCUAGGUUUGGACAAGGCGGCAUCGGCAGCAUAUGAAGCAGCUCAGAAAGUAAAAGAAUCAUCCGAAUCAGUGGAAUGCAUGGUGGCAUCUAUUCAGUGAUUCUGGAAUGUAUCCAUAUUUUCAGAUACGUACAGAAGUGCUUCUUGGAAAGUUAUUCAGAUUAUAGAAUUUUUAAUCACACCAGUUU